UGCCGUCAGUUGUUGUGCAGGCGUGCACGAGUACGGUCCGAUUCAGAAUACGGGCGGUGGUUUGGUUUCUCGGAGUGAUCAAACAAAAAUAAACAAAAAACUACAUAAAAAUCUGAGCAAGAAGAGACCCCCAAAUCAAAAGUGGUGCUAAAAAUAUUCAAAGAUUUUUUAGUGCUGAGUCAUGCUGCAAACAAAUAUAGAAAAGACCAAAAAUAUUCUAAAACAUGAAGAGCAACCCAAAUUCAAUCAUAUUGAUAAUCUAAAUAAAAUUAAAACUCCAUCGGAUUUGGUCAGUUGGAAAUUUCUCGAUCAAGUCACAAAUAAUUCUGAACUAUCGGAUAGUGAUCAGCAACUUAAUAUUGACCUUGUGCCCGCAACUUGCCAACCGCUAAAAGAGCCAAAAAACAUAAGCCCAUAGUUGUCAACACCGAAUCUUAUGCGAAUGCAGAUGUGGUUGCCGAUACGGAGGUGGAAGUACCAAGUUUUCAUUUUACCACACCAACAUCAACAUUUCGAAGGAAAAAACAACAGCAAUUAGAGAAGACGACAUCAAUUGAACCAUCUUCUGCAACAUGGACGGCGCCGAGCCGACGCAUAGUCUCUGCCCAUAUUAGUGACGAUGUCACAGUCACCAUGCUAGAAGGUAGCACCAACGCGUCAACAGCUACCCGAAAGCUGCCAGCGAUUGCGUCAACAACAAAACCAAAAUCAUCGACUGGAGCCACACCUAAAACUAAACGUAGAAAUAGCCAAAAUCUUGGUCAAAUGACUGCCACCAGCCACAGCGGUUCGGGUUCUGGUUCGGUUCAUAUUAAGACAGCCAUCAUGCCAGGUGGAUCAGUUGCCGGAUCCGGAUCCGGAGCCGGACCUGGACCAGCAGGCCACUCUAAAUCUCAAUCACAAGCCCAAGCACAUACAUCACGCAACCGAACAGGAGUGACGACAGCACGAACGGGAGGCGUCAGUAGUAGUGGUAAUGUUGGUGGUGGCCGUGUCGAUGGUUUUGUCGGUGGAAUUGAGACAUAUUUGGGACUGAUCGGUUGGCGUAAGAAGUGUCUCUAUACGUUGCUUUUACUGCUGAUGCUGUUAAUUAUCACCAAUCUGGUUCUCACACUCUGGAUACUCAAAGUCAUGGAGUUCUCAACGGAGGGCAUGGGACAACUCAAAAUCGUACCUGGUGGCAUACAACUGUCCGGUCAGGCCAUAAUUAUGGAUAUGUUGCGCGCAUCCACAAUUCGCUCCCGUCAUGGUCAACCUAUAUCCAUAGAAUCAUCACGUAAUUUUUCAAUCAAUACACGUGACUCGAAUGGCAUGCUGGAGAAUCAUUUAUUUCUGGGACACGAUAAGUUCGAGUGUCUGUCGUCGGGUUUUCGCAUCAAUGAUACAAACGGACGAAAUUUAUUUUCGGUAAAUCGAAAUGAAGUCACUAUUGGAGCGCAUGCAUUGCGGAUCGAUGGUGAGGGUGGCGCCAUCUUUCGGGAAUCUAUACAAACGCCACAUGUGCGUGCCGACCCAGGCAGGGAGCUAAGACUGGAAUCGCCGACACGUCAAUUGGAGAUGACAGCCGCCAAGGAUAUCAAUUUGCAAUCCCGUGCCGGUGGCAUAGAAAUUAUGGCUCUAGAAGAUGUCAAAUUUCGUGCACUCGAUGGAAGUCUGCGUCUCGAAUCUUCAAAAAUAUUGAUGCCCAAUUUACGUACCGCCCAGCCACCGAUUCUAGGCACUGCCCAGAAUCGUGACCACUUGCAUCGUGUAUUCCAAUUGUGCGCCUGUUCGAAUGGUAAACUUUUUCUUGCAGCACCGCAUUCAAUAUGCGCCGGAGACGAUUCGACAGUUUGUAGAUGAUCUGCAUGUGCAUGUAAAUGGAAUGAACCGAUUCACAGCGAUAUUCCAAUCAUAUCACAAUUUAUUAAACAUAUGUAUGAUAUAUCAUCAUAUUCUACAUCGGAAUACGCCUACCUACAACAUGGUUGGUAAAGGGGGAAAAGUAGAGAGAUUUAAUUCAAAUUUAUCAACUUUUGCAGUCAAUGUUAAUAUUUCAUAAUAUAUCAGAAAUUACCUUUCAGUUAUAAUUCUCAAAUAAAUUAUGCUUUGAUCUAGUAUCCAUAAGAAAGUUUAGAUCCAAAUAUUGUCGAUAUUAAUAUAGAUAAUUGGUUUAACUUUGACGAAAUUAUAAAGUUAACAAGUGGAAUAAUUUUAGCAAUUGAAAUUUUGUUGGAUUAAUGCUAAAUCAAAAUUAUUUUAGAGGUUUCGACAAGAUAUAAGUUAAGAAUUAUUAUUGUUUUCAGUUAUUUCUAUAAUCCCAUUUGAAAUAGUUAAUAUAUAUUCGUAAAUCUCUUUGUUAUUCUAACUUUUCCUGGGCGUUUAUUUACCUACUAAAUAAUCACAUGUUGAAGUAAGAUAUUGUUUGUGUAAAAAAAACAAAAACAACAAUUCAGUAUAUAA